CAAAGCAGUGCUGUGCCCUGCAAGACAGGAGCUGGGGCUCGGUUCCUUGUGCCUGUGCAGCUUUUGAGACUCAGCAACUGCUCUGGAGAAGUGUCCCCUGUGCAAGGCCCCAGGCUGCUGUACAAUGUACCAGUCCAGUUUUGUGCCACRGGAAUAUUACCCAGCCAUGAUGCCACCUUCUGCCUACCCCUACCCCCCGCUGCGGCCUGGCAGAGCAGAGGACCUGUCCAGCUCUGUGAUGUUCCCUCCCAUCCCCAUGCACAACWUCUACAGUCGACCCAUCACCUUUGUGGUGGAGCGGAACAGCCACCCUGACUAUGCGGGAAGCCAGGUGGAGUUUCACCAUCUCUAUGGCACCUCCAAUCCCUAUAUCCAUCCAUACCACACCUGGCACUUCCCCCCCAUGGUCCCUGUCCCUCUCUACAAUCCCUAUGCAAGCUACCAUCCCUAUGCUGCCUACCAGAGGUCAGAUCAGUAUCGAGACACAUGGCCAGAAGGCUUCACAAUGAGAGGGGAGCUUCAAUGGGGGAAACUUGGGAAGGUGUUUGGGCCAAGGAAAGACCUGCCAGAAUUUGUGAAGGAUGAUCUCCGGAGGGUUUAUGGCACCUACCCCCGGACCAGUGUUUCCAUAUCCUAUCGGAAAGGAGAGUUCUUGGUCAAGGGAGACCCCAAGAUGGAAGACCAGGAAUAUGCAGUGGAAAAAAAAGUCAUCCAGCAGGCUGUGACCCCCAGUGCCAGCGAGGCAGAUGACAGCAGUGAGGACCGGAACCGUAAGAAGAAAAAGAAACUGAGACAUUGAGU